UAAUGACGUAGUACCUCAGGAAAUAGCCAACUUCGUGUUACUUCAACCUCUUCAUUCAAGAUGGUGUUAGAAACUAUUUCUAAGAUAAUCAAAAUCCAACUUCCAGCCUACCUCAAAAAAUUGCCCCUACCUGAGACAAUAGGAGGUUUUGCUAGAUUAACAGUCUCUGAGUGGUUGCGACUGUUGCCACUCCUGGGCAUUUUGGCCCUUCUGGGCUACCUGACCAUCCGCCCCUUCCUUCCCAAGAAGAAGAAGCAGAAAGACAGCAUCAUCAACCUAAAAAUCCAAAAGGAGAACCCACGAGUGGUCAACGAGAUUGAUAUUGAGGACCUGAGGAGUACAAAUGUUUGUUACUGCAGGUGUUGGCGGUCCAAGACAUUUCCUGUUUGCGACAGAUCACACAUUAAGCACAAUGAGCUGACGGGUGACAACGUGGGACCACUGGUACUGAAGAAAAAGAUCCUAUAAUCCCUGGCUUUUGCUGCAUGGGAGAAAAGGUUCAUCUCUCUCCUGAAGACUCUACAUCUAUUUUGUUUUUUGUUUUUUUUUCAAAGGUUUAUAGUUAUUUAGUGAAAAUAUAUUGUCCUUUUUAAUACAGUGCCAAUUGUGUUGGGUUUAAAUGUUAAGGGACAAUUUCUUAUUCUAAACAGUUUAAGAAUAGACAUGUGGGCUAAAUAGGUCUGUCCUCAUGAUGUGUGAUUCCCAUGUGCCUUUUAACAUUUUUACACAUUUCUGUGAAAGUAUGUCAUUCUGUUAUGCCUUAGUUACAAUGUGCAAUAUUACUUGAUGGGAAAAGAAAACAAUAAUUGAAGAUCAUAAAUUUAUAGUAAAUUAGUCAAUUCAGUGAUACAAUCAAUCAUUUGUACAUGAUAUUUAAAGGAGCAACUACUGAAUACUCCAAAUCCAUGUUUUGGUGCAAAGAUACUGUAACAGUCAGUCCUACUUGAAAGUUUAAAUGACUGAUCAUUUCAGUUCUUGGGUCCUAAGCUCCAUCAUGAUUGUACCCAUCAGUAGUUGUUUUCCCUUUCUUUUUUCUUGCUCUUUUGUUUUUAAUGGAGGUCUCCAAGAUUAUGGAGGCUACUGACACAAACCCAGUUACUUCCUGCAUGUGUGGGACCGUUCUUGCAAAUGUGGCCUCUGCAAUUUACAUACAGUGUGUCUUUUCAAUCCACAUCAUGUUAAGUUAUUGUGAACUGUGUAUGAUUUUCUCAGAAUGUUCUCUCAUAAGAGACUAAGUCAUCUUACAUCUAAAGCCUUAAUGUGAGUUGUUUUUUUUUUGUUUUUUUUAAAUGAUCAGUCAUUUACCAAUUUUGUGCAUUCCAAGUAUUGUUCAACUACAACCAAGGAAAGUACCACUGACAAACGUCAAAUACCAUUACACAGUUUGUUCCUAUUUUCUUCUAUUGCUGUUUUUGUGUUGGGAGUGAGGAUUUGACGCAUAUUGCAAGCAUCUAUCUCUUCAGUAACAGCUGUAAGUUUCUAGAAUACCUUACAUAACUUAAAUAUUUUGUCAGUCUAGCUAGGUGAAUGCAUUUCCUAUGGUUAUGAUACUAUGUAGAUCAGAUGUGCUCAAUACUUUUGUAAAAAUCAAAGAUUGUAUAAAUAUUUGCUUUUUUUAAA